UAGCCACAAUUAAUUAGUUAUCGUAUAUUCCAGAGGCACGUAUCUCGAGAUUAUCCAACGGUGGAUGGUGUACGCCAGCGCUUAGUGGCACACUGACACGACUGCAUAUCCACAUAUACAUAUAUACAUUUGGCGAUUUCAUCUAGGGGUCUCCGAUAGUGGAACUGCCUGUGCCCCUUCAAGCUCCCCUAGCUACUCUCACGCAUUCCCCAGCAAAGGCGACAUCCUCAAGAAUUUCUCCAAGAGUUCACCAUGGAGAACUCGGAAGAUGAAGCAGAGAGUGACAAACUACCCUUAGACUUGGAGCCAUUGCGCUCAUUAGCACCAAAGUUUCCUACUAUUUUGGGAUAUGAUGUGGAAACUCAAUCAACUGAUCCACUGUUAGUUUAUGCCACACCAUCCAUACCUUGCUCCUCAUCAGAACAGCCUCAAGAAGCCCCAGCUUCAUUUUCUCUGCCCUUACCAAAGUCACCCGUCCCUAUAAAGGCUACACCCAUCUCAGCGGCAUUUCCAACACCGCAACAUGAAGAUGAAUCAUCAGAUCAAGAUUACAAGCCCUUUUGCAAGAAUAAAAAACCAGCGAUGCCGAAGAGAGCCAAGAGGCCCCAGCAAGCUGAGAAAUCCAAUGAUGCUAACAUCAAGCGCAGAUCAAUAAGGAGGAACCUGGACAACGAGUUCAACUUGUGCUCAUCCUCAUCAGACAACCCAAAGGAAUCGGUGGAAGGAAUCCUGAUGAUGUUUGAUUCACUUCGGCGCCGUGUACUGCAAUUGGAUGAAAAAGAGGAUGCAAGCAGGCGGGCUGACCUGAAAGCUGGCACUCUCAUGAUGCAGAACAACCUCAGAAUCAACAAUCAUAAGAUGAUAGGGCAUGUGCCUGGUGUUGAAGUCGGUGACAUUUUCUUCUUUAGGAUUGAGAUGUGCAUUGUUGGUUUACAUGCACCAGCCAUGGGUGGCAUUGAUUACAUCUCUUCUAAGAACAAAGAUGAGACUCUGGCUGUCUGCAUCAUUUCAUCUGGAGGCUAUGAGAAUGACGAUGAUGACACUGACAUUUUGGUGUACACAGGACAGGGAGGCAACAGUCGUCACAAGGAGAAGCACGAUCAGAAGCUUGAGAGAGGUAACCUUGCUCUCAUGAACAGCAAGAGCAAGAAGAAUCAGAUCAGGGUUGUGCGCAGCGCACAAGACCCCUUCUGUAACUCAGGCAAAAUAUAUAUUUAUGAUGGGCUUUAUCGUAUCGAAGACACUUGGACAGACACGGCAAAGAACGGAUUUAAUGUUUUCAAGUACAAGCUGAGAAGGGACCCAGGACAGCCUGAUGGAAUUUCACUUUGGAAGAUGACUGAGAAGUGGAAAGCAAAUCCUGCCACAAGAGAAAAGGCUAUAUUGUUGGAUUUAUCAUCAAAGGUUGAACACCUACCUGUGUGCCUUGUUAAUGAUGUUGAUGAUGAAAAAGGGCCAAGUCACUUCAAUUAUGUUGCUGGAGUGAAGUAUUUGAGACCUCUUAGGAAGACAAAACCAUUACAAUGUUGCAAAUGUCCUAGUGUCUGCUUGCCUGGUGACCCUAAUUGUUCGUGUGCGCAACAGAAUGGUGGUGAUCUUCCUUACAGUGCAACGGGAUUGCUGGCAAAGCACACUCCGAUGGUUUAUGAGUGCUCCUCUAACUGUCAGUGUUCUCAUAAUUGUCGAAACAGGAUCACACAGAAGGGUAUAAAACUGAACUUUGAGGUUUUCUGGACUGGAGACCGUGGCUGGGGUCUGCGGUCGUGGGAUCCUAUCCGUGCUGGCACAUUCAUUUGUGAGUACGCCGGUGAAGUCAUUGAUGAAACUAAGAUGGACAUAGAUGUUGAGGAAGACAAAUAUACCUUUCGCGCUUCAUGUCCCGGCAAUAAGGCUUUAAGCUGGAAUUUGGGAGAAGAAUUACUUGAAGAAAAAAGUACGGCUGUGAUAACCAAGAACUUUAAGAAACUACCAAUCAUCAUAAGAGCAAACAAUGAAGGGAAUGUGGCUCGUUUUCUGAACCAUAGCUGUUCUCCAAAUCUCCUUUGGCAAGCUGUACAGUAUGACCAUGGCGAUGACAGCUACCCACAUAUCAUGUUUUUUGCAAUGGAACAUAUCCCUCCCAUGACUGAACUGACUUAUGAUUAUGGUACAAGAGGUGCUCCCCCUGGCUUUGAGGGAAAACCCUUCAAAGCUUGCAAACUCAAAUCAUGCCUCUGUGGCUCUAAGCAUUGUCGAGGUUUGUUCUGAUAAAAGAUAUGGAGGCUGGUGUACUAAAGCAGGAUAUUAAACUACUCUAUGAAUGGUAGCAUAAAGUGAUAAAGGGGCUCUCGGUAUUUGUGGUGGUGGGUUAGUGGAAAUGUGUAGCAAGGACUGAUGCUUUGCGUGGCAUGAGAUGAGACCCUCACAUUUUGUGCUGUACAUUGCCCAUGUCGUAGGCGUGUAGCCACUAAUGCAAUUACUAUAUCUUUUGCUAGUUGCUGUGGUAGCACUAAAGCUCUGUUAACUUAGUGGAUGAGAUCAUAUGGAUGUGAAGCUGUAGCACUAAACCCUGUUAACUCUGUGAAUGAGAUCAUCUGCAUUACUGCAUAUCGUUGUGCUGCUACGAUGCUAUAUAGGUCGUAUAGGAAAUAUUUGACUUCAUGUGCAUAUGGUUUUGCAGCUUAUGCUGCUGCUUGAUGAUAUGAAGAUCUUUUUUUUUUGAAAAAAAAAUCAUGUGGAUGUGGUUAUGCUGUUGGUGUGGAGGAAAUAUUUGAAAAAGAAAAAAGUUAUGCUGUUAAAGUUGCUCGAUGAUAUGGAGGGUUUUUUUGAAAAAAAAAAGGUCAUGUGCAUUUGGUUAUGCUGUUGUUAUUGAGAAAUAUUUGAAUUUUUUAAAAUAAAAGAAAGAUCAUGUGCAUGUGCAUGUGUUUAUGUUAUUGUUAUGGAGAAAUAUUUUUUGCAUGUAAUUAUGCUGUUGUUAUUGAGAAAUAUUCGAAUUUUUGAAAAAAAAAAUCAUGUGCAUGUGGUUAUCAAGUGUUUAUGUUAUUGUUAUGGAGGAAUUUUUUUGCAUGUAAUUAUGCUGUUGUUAUUAAGAAAAAUAUUCAAAUCGUUGAAAAAAAUGGAAAAAAACAUGUUUGUGUCUGAGCCCAGGUUCGAACUGGGGACCUUUAGUGUGUGAGACUAACGUGAUAACCAACUA